GCCAUCAUCGAAACUAUGUGGAAGGUCUGAACAAACAACUGGAGAAGAGUGACGUACAAUAUGGCUACAUGUUCGAUGAACUUGUCAAAGCAACAUAUAAUAAUGGGAAUCCUUUACCUGAAUUUAACAACGCUGCACAGGUGAAUACACACCUCACGCCCCGCCCAAUAUUACUUACUAGGCAUGGAGAGAGUAAGGAUAAUGUUAGAGGCAGAAUUGGAGAAGACAAUCCUUUGAGUUUCAUUUCAGUCUAUUAUACAAUUUGGUUUUGCCUCAUUAUAAGACCUGUUCCUUUGAAGGAGGAAGUGACAACCCUAAGGCGUCAGCUUGCGGUCCAUGGCGAGGAGAUGAAGGCCUAUGUCGGGCAUGUGAGAGAUCUUGUACGAGCCAUACAGAUGUUCGGCCUCCAAAUCUUGCUAUUAGUACCUGAUCUUGCUACACCUUCGACCUUCGAGCCAUUUCACCAUAUCGAUACUCAGUAGCCACUCCACUUAGAAGACUACUUGUAGUUUUUUCUUUUUUUGUUCAGACAUUUUGUAUGUACAUUUUCAUAUAUUUUAUAAUUAAUUAAUUUUCUUUGGUUAA